UUAGGGUAUUUACAUAUUCCAGUGAAAAUCAAUGGAGUGUAUAAAAAUCUUGAGAAUAAUAAAACAUGUCUUGAAUUCUCAAAAUUAAAUGCAAUGAAUUCCUUAAAAGAUUUGUUUUCCCCCAAACUAAAGAUAAAUCUGAUGAUGUAUUCAAGGGAUGAUCUAAACUGUGCAGAACCACUCUUUGAGUCUAAUAACACCCUUAAUGUACGUUUCAACCUGUCAAAGAGAACUGUCUGGAUUAUCCAUGGAUACAGACCUUUGGGCUCCACCCCAAAAUGGCUUCAUAAGUUUUCUAAGGUGUUCUUGAAACAGGAAGAUGUGAAUCUCAUUGUGGUAGAUUGGAUCCAGGGUGCCACAACUUUCAUUUACAGUAGAGCUGUUAAAAACACCAAAAUAGUUGCUGAGAGAUUGAGUCAAUCCAUUCAAAAGCUUUUGAACCAUGGAGCGUCUCUUGACAAUUUUCAUCUCGUUGGCAUGAGCUUAGGGGCUCAUGUCAGUGGUUUUGUAGGAAAAAUAUUUAAUGGGAAACUUGGAAGAAUUACAGGUCUUGACCCAGCUGGACCAAAAUUUUCUGGAAAACCAUCAAAUAGCAGAUUAGAUUACACUGAUGCAAAGUUUGUGGAUGUCAUUCAUACUGAUUCCAAAGGUUUAGGCAUUCUAGAGCCACUGGGACAUAUAGAUUUUUACCCAAAUGGGGGAAAACAACAGCCAGGUUGUCCUACAAACCUUUUUUCAGGAGUUAAUUACAUAAAAUGUGACCAUCAGAGAGCAGUUUACUUGUUUAUUGCAGCUUUUGAAACAAACUGCAAUUUUAUUUCAUUUCCUUGUGGCUCCUACGAAGAUUACCAGAAAGGUUUAUGUAUGGACUGUGGGAAACUUUAUAAAGACUCCUGUCCUAGGCUUGGUAAUAAAGCUAAACUAUGGGAAGAAGGUUUGAAGAAAGGAAUAGAAGGACAACCUCUCAGGACCAUUGCAUUUUUGGAUACUAGCAGUCAAUAUCCAUUCUGUACAUAUUAUUUUAGUCUCAGUAUGGUUGCUUUGAAUGAAACUAUAAGAGAUGGAUCAAUUUCAUUCAGUUUACUAAACAGUCUUAAGAAAUUGGAAUUCCCCAGGAUCUAUGUGAAAAGGCAACCAUCUGAUAAUAUUCAAGAAGUUAAGCUCCUUGCUCAGUUUGUAACAGAUAUUGUGGACGUUUCAUGCAUUUUUAUGACAUACUUGCAGUCUUCAGAUUUGUACUGUUCCACAUGCCGAUACAGAUUCCAGAGUCUCAUGUUAAAGUCGCUUACAUACCCAGAAAGACCACCACUCUGUAAGUUUAAUUUUGUACUUAAGGAAAGAACAAUGACAGAGCUUCAGCUAGGUGCCUGUAAGACACAGAUGGUGUGAAUGCCUUCUUUCAUCCAGUCUAAAGUUGUGGACUAAAGAAUUUGUCAGCUGCAACAAUGUAACCGGCCAUUGUUUUGGAAUGAACUAGGCAAUCUGUAAUUCAGGUGUAUCUGUUUUAACACACUGUGGAGAAUCCAAGAUAAGAAAACAUAAUAUGCCUAUGAUAAAGAAACAUUCUAAAUAUAUUCUAAAACUGUUUGUUUAUCCUUAUCUGCUUCUUAUAUGCAUUUUAACAUUGAGGGCUUAUACCUGCUACGUAUCCUAAUAAGUGAAUGCAAUAAAAACAUAUGUUUUAAUGGGAAAUGACAAGUUUAGUGAGUAGAAGAAAAUCAAUAUCAUGGUACCUCUCUGUUGUAAAAAAAUGACUUAUUUUAAUUUGAAAUUUAUUGUUUAGUGAAAUAAGUUGGGUUAAUGUGAACCUUGUGAAUACAAAUUAUUUUUAUGUGGUGCAAAUAAGAUCAUUGUGCUAUUGUGCCCAAUAAGCUAAUAAUUUAUGGACCUAUGAUACUUAAGAUGAAACCCCAAAUCCAUAACUUAAUGAUGUGACUUUGAGUAGAUUAAUUUAAUUCAUUGUGUUUCUAUGUUCUCUAAGAAAGUUUGUGAGAUUUACCCAGCAAAACUAUGAAUAGUGUCUGUUGACCAUAAUGAUAAAAUAAACAUGAUUAUAGCUAGCAGUUACAUGGUUAUGCUGUUGGAAUGUAGUAACCCCAUCCAAUUGUAUAAAACCUCAUGAAACUUGUCUUGUUAACUGAUGAAGACUCCAGCAUAAAGAUGCUGAGUAUUCCAUGUAUACCUCACAUUUGAUUAAAGAUGUCAGAUAUAUGUCAAUUAUCUUGUUAAUCUCUUUCAUCAACUUGUGUUAGUAAUGUGAGGAGCUAGAUUAAUUACCACCAUAAUUUGGAAUACUCAGUGCUUAGCUGUGGGUCUCUGUUUUUGCUUCCAUCAGCUACUUGAUGAA